AGUGAAAAAGGUCCCAACUUGUGUGUCUCUCUUUCUCCAACUACCCUUUCGUGCUUAGCUGUCCACUCUCUCUCUCUCUCUCUUCUUUGCCGAUGAAAUCUUCUUCUUCAUCUUCUUCCGUAUCCUCUAUCUACAUGCCCUAAUUUACAUCUUCUCCUUUCUUCGAUUGAUUCCGUUAAAAAAUCUCACCUUUUUCAAAAAAUUCAGAUUCCUCAAGUUUUUUUUUUGGUGAUAUGCCUACUUGGUGGGGAAGAAAGUCCUGCAAGAACAACAACAAUAGCAGAGGAAUCUCCACAGACAGAGAUAUCAAGAGCUGUGGUGUUGGUGUUGUUGUUGUUGAUCCUCCUCUCACUCCCACUCGUGCUGCUACACCUCGUUGCAGUCGUGAAUUCGCCGGAGCUUCUUCUUCUGCCUUCUCUGGUUUCGACUCUGAUUCUACAGAGAAGAGAGGUCAUCCUCUUCCUCGUCCUCUCCUCUCUCCUGUUUCCAUCCAUCAAGAUCAUGUGAGCGGAUCCACUUCUGGAUCUACCUCUGUUUCUAGCGUUAGCUCCUCUGGAUCAGCUGAAGAUCAGAGUCAACUUGUUGUGUCUAGCAGAGGUCAUUGUGAUGUGAAAUUGAACGAGAGAGCUUCUCCAAAGGUAGUAACUACUAGGCCCACGUCUCCGUUGCAUCAGCGAUUGGCUGGAGUCGUGAGUUUAGAGUCUUCUACAGGGAGGAAUGAUGAUGGAAGGUCCUCCUCUGAGUGCCACCCUUUGCCUCGACCCCCUACUUCUCCUACAAGCCCUUCUGCUGUUCGACCCCCUACUUCUCCUACAAGCCCUUCUGCUGUUCAUGGUUCCAGGAUUGUUGGAGGUUACGAGACGCCCUCUCCUUCAGGGUUUUCCAAGUGGAAAAAAGGGAAAUUUUUGGGGAGUGGCACCUUUGGCCAAGUCUAUCAAGGGUUCAACAGCGAGAAAGGAAAAAUGUGUGCUAUUAAAGAGGUCAAGGUCAUUUCUGACGACCAAACGUCAAAAGAAUGUCUGAAGCAACUAAAUCAGGAGAUAAAUUUGCUUAGCCAGCUUUGUCAUCCGAAUAUUGUCCAGUAUUACGGAAGUGAACUGAGUGAAGAAACCUUGUCCGUCUACUUGGAGUAUAUGUCCGGUGGUUCAAUCCAUAAACUACUUAAGGAGUAUGGUUCUUUCACUGAACCUGUUAUCCAAAACUACACGCGGCAGAUUCUCGCUGGGCUUGCCUAUUUACAUGGACGAAAUACAGUACAUAGGGACAUCAAAGGAGCAAAUAUAUUAGUUGAUCCGAAUGGUGAAAUCAAGUUGGCAGACUUUGGGAUGGCCAAACAUGUAACGGCCUUUUCUACUAUGCUUUCUUUCAAAGGGAGUCCGUACUGGAUGGCACCCGAGGUUGUGAUGAGCCAAAAUGGCUACACUCAUGCAGUUGAUGUCUGGAGUUUGGGUUGUACUAUUCUCGAAAUGGCAACAUCAAAGCCACCUUGGAGCCAGUUUGAAGGGGUUGCAGCGAUUUUCAAAAUCGGAAACAGCAAAGACACCCCAGAAAUACCUGAUCACCUUUCAAAUGAUGCAAAGAAUUUUAUAAGGCUUUGUCUGCAACGAAAUCCGACAGUACGUCCUACAGCUUCUCAGCUUCUAGAUCACCCUUUUCUACGUGUACAUACAACAAGAGUGGCUAAUACUAGCAUGCCCAAAGAUGCCGCCCCACACUCCUUUGAUGGAACCUUUUCACUGCCUACAAGGGAAUCCUAUCCAGGGAGAUUGAGCCAUGAUAAUUACCAAAGACAGCCAUUGUCUAGAGCUAUAAAGAGUCCGAGCAGAGAAAACGUAAGAGCGAUCACAUCAUUGCCAGUAUCUCCAUGUUCAAGUCCUUUACGCCAACUUGGGCCAGCAUACAAAAGUUGUUUCCUGUCACCUCCUCACCCGUCUUACGCAUUUCCUGGGCUCGACAGUGGGUACAACCUAGCAGAGUUUGCUGCAAGCCCUUUCAGGAUGAAGAAAGACACAAUGAUAGAACCGUCUAGUUUCAGGACUCAAACACCGAAUACACCCUUGAGAUCAAGACUGGUGUAAAGAUCGAGAGCCUGGGAGUCAAAUACCAUAAACAAGGCCCAAGGAACAUGUAUAAAACACAGUGUCUCCCCCUGGUUUUGGCCUUCUCCUUCUCUAGACCCUGGGAAAUGCGAAGUUAUGAUACCAUAGUUGUGUGUGUUGGGGUAUCUACUAGAAGUGGAGAUUUUUGGAACAAGAAGGAGAAAUUAGGGGGAAAGAGAGAUGUAAAGAGAAACACGAAAUGAAUACAAAGUUUAUAGAGUGAGAAGUAAAGAUAGUAAGUUGUGUUGUUUAUAAAAGAUGAUAAUUCAACCAUUUGUUUUCAACUUACAGUGUGAAUAUACU